GGACCCUGAGACAAUGGAUGCUGCAGGAGGAAUUGGGCAGGAUGAACUUGUCUCCCACACUGAAUAACAGGGCUCUCCUUAGUCAGUCACUCUGUCUAGUAUGCGGGAUUUUCCCGGACCAUACCUGCAGUAUAUUGAUUCCCAGGCAGUGCAUAACAGUGCAAUGCUUUAUCCACUUCUGUGAGCGGUUCUCCUGUUUGCAUGGGGAAUCUCUCGGGAUCUUUGAGCUGUGAUGUGGGUUGCCAAGGGUACCCCAUUUGUAACAUGCCAUUCUGCAAUCCAAUUCAGCAUCUCGCUCGUCCUUUUUACUCACGCUGCGCGAGGUCACGAAUCCGCAAGCGCCCACCACCCCUUGAUCAAUAUUUUCAAGUUGCGGUCACGACUGAUUUGGAGAACUGGGAAAGAAUUUCGAGUUCCAACAGGCUCGAUCCAUUUGCUGUGGAAUGGAGCUCUUGAAUGUGCCUACAGGAAAUCUCUGGAGGUGCCAAUCGCUGGCGUUCACCACUCGGCAGCUGCUUGUGGGCACGGACCCGAUAUGGUCUGGAAGGGGGGCGAUGCUGUUGCAUAUUGUUUGAAAAAUCAGGAAUCAUCUCUACAGCACAGACUGAUGGCAGGUGACUCAGAUUUCAUAUUGUAUGACACUGCAGUCACACACCCAGAGUUGAAGAUUGUGACCCAGAAACACCAGUAUCAUCCUGUAGCCUCAGCAGCAUCUGGCAGCACUUGGAGCCAAUCAGUGUUCUUCUCACUUGUGUCAUGGACCAAACCAGUUGAAUCUCUAAUAAAAGAGUCACUUCCCCAGCCAAAGCGCAUAGACAUGGAAGGGACUGCCAGCUUUCCACCUUUCAACUUGACUUUUCAGAAAUGUGCCGAGGUGAGCAGAAGAAAUCAAUCCCAGAUAGUGACCGUGAAAUUAAUAAUAAGCAGCAUGGAUAUGCAAUCUACAUAUAACCUUUCUCAGCUUACUAUCCGAGAUGCUAUCAGUGGCCUAAGCAUUCAGAGUAACAUGGGAAAAGAAACAGAAUUGGGAUUCCAGACAUAUAACAAAGACAUUCUUCAAGCUGGUGAAUACUAUGUAAUAAACUAUACUGCAAUAUUAAAUACUGACGGAUCUAAGGAUUGGAGGAACAUUUCAUUACCCGCCUACCUCAACUUUGGCAAGAUGUCUCAGGAUGAUUAUAUUCAGAUUGAACCCCUGGUGGCAGACUUCAUGCUGACUGAGGAAGCAGUUAUUGAGAUUUUUCCAGAUCACGGUAUUCACUUUCUUGGGUUUGUUGCUGCAUUCAUUGUUUCUUUUGCCUUAGCGUGUUUAAUUCUCAUCAUCUUCAAAAGAGUCAGAAAUCCUCCUCAGCAGCAGAUGGAAAAGGAACAAUCACAUUCCAGUUACACACUAAUUGGUGAUGCAGCAGAGUGGUUCAAGGAAAACCUCCAACUCGAGGACAAAGCGAUUGGCAUUUGGAUGUUUGAAGAUCCAGAGAACAUGAUUCAGGCUUUUAAUGACUUGCACAUACUGAGCUCCAUACAGAUGGAUACAGAGCUGGAAUAUUGUCGCAAACAAAUGCACAUUGAUGCCAUUGUGUUGUUGCUGAGGAACCUUAAACCCAAGGAAAUCCUUUCACCAUCUUUAGAGGAAAGGUUCAGCAGUGUCUUCAGAAGACAGUUUGAGGAGAUGGAAGCCAGGCUGUGGAUAGAGUAUCAUGGGGUGUUAGCUACAACAGCGGCUCAAAGUAACGAAGAGGCUGGAGAGAAACUCGAAACACUCAAUAUGCGACAGAGGGGGGAGGAGGAAGAAACUGAGCUACUCAUACAGAAAAUGGAUGAAGAGCUGGCCUUGCAGUGCAGAAAGCAGCUGGAACAAUUGCACACAUGUGAGCAGAAGCAGCUGAAAGACUCACUUCAGGUGACCUAUGAAGAAGCUUCUGGAAAGGCCCGAAGAAAGUUAGUCGUGUGCCUAAGGCAGGCGUUCCAAGCCAUCAUUUUUGACCAGCUGAAGGAGGUCAUCAGACACGAGGAAUUAGAUGCAGCUUCAGCCAGCCAACUACUGCAGGCAAACUGGCACAUUCAGUUUCAGUUGGAAACACUAAUGGAUCAGCAACUUGCUUUCCAGAGGAAAGUUCUGGAUGAGGGCCUUGCUAAUAGAAAAAGCCUGGUCAACAGGAUAAAGCGUGGCGUGAACCAUAGACGCAAUCUCCUGAACGCAGCUUCCCUCCAUAUUUCAGCCUUUGCCGACCUACUGAUAAACACCACUUAUCUAACAGAAGGUCAGAUGGAAUCUGUGUUGGAUAGCGUACACCAAGAAAUACUGGUUAUGAAGCUGAAGCUAGAUGAGGUCAUGGAUCAAGAGAAGAAACUAAUUCAUUGCAAAUUGAUCAGUGAGAGAAGAGAGCACAUCUUCAAAAAAAUUUGUGAGCAAGAGCAUCAACAAAAGCAGCUGGCAUCUCUUCUCAGCACCUCAGGAGAAAGACGUUUCAAUCAUAGAAAGUACCUCAUGGAUUGGCAUGAGCUUUUACAUAAUCAAUGUGCAGAACUUGGAGAACUGGUGGAGAAAUUGGACAAAGAAGCAGUGGACCAGCUGGAAACCCUUAAUAUGCAACUCGUCAAAAAUGCCUCAAUGAAAAUUAAAACAAUCCAUGCUGAAUUUUAUCAGAAGUUGGUCAGUCUUGGGGUUCCGCAGGACUAUUUAAGACGAAUGAUAGAAGAUCAAGAUGAGGAAAUAAACAUUCAGCAUGAGAAACAAACAGAACAAGCAGAAAUUGACGAGCAUAAAGAGAAUGAAUCACUGGAGAAUGUUAGGGGAAAAAUAUCAAAACAACUUCAUUCAGAAAUUGAAGAACAGAAUUCCUUACGCCAUUGGAAUGAAUGGAUUUUUCAAAACAUAAUGAAAAGUCCACUCUUACUUUCUGAAGAUGAAUUUCAAAAGAUGAUGCUGACUUACUUUGAGAAUUUCUGCAAAAUGGAUAAUAGUUUGUCUCUUCCCAAGUUGUGUGAGAGGUCCCGAAUCCAACAGCGUCUGACCACCUGGAGGAAGACAGAGGCAGAAAAACUUGAACAACAGUGGAAGAAUUGGGAAAAGAUGAAACCCAAGGAAGUGGGACAUGGUGACCAGGGCAAAUUGUUAGCUCGACAGGAAUAUAUGAGGGACAAAAUUAAAUUGUACGAGGAAGAAAAUGAUAAAGUUUAUGAAGAAAUGAAUGUGGUCCAUGCUGAGCUGCUUCAGCAGAAAGCUAAUCAGAUGAAGGAUUUGGAAGAAAGCCUAGGAGUCUGCAUGGCUUCAAUUCAGCUUUGCAGAGCUGAGAAGCAAGUCAGUGUCCUGGAGAUUCACACUGCUGUUCUCAACCUGCAGGCACUGCUGUUAGAUGAACUAAGCACAGCAGGGUCAGUGCCCCAGUCUGAAUGCGUCCAGAUAGCUCAGGAACAUAUUUGUAAGCUGGAGCAACUUGUCUGUUUGCAUUCGGAGAUGCUACAGCAUCAGCUUGCUAUGCAGAGUGAGCUAACAGAACACAACAGCUGGAUGUUGACACAGAGCAGACAUUCCAUUGAAGACGAUACUGCACAAAGCAGCAGUCAAAUAUUUAACUGUCUGCAGCGGGCCAUGUUCAAGUAUCAAGAACUGAUAGAAGCAGAGACUGAGAGAUUAAGAGAUGAAGAUCGGAAAAGUCAGUUAAUAGAAGAUGUGAAGAGGCAGCUGCUAGUGAAGACGCUGCUGAGUCUCCAGGAUCAGGAAAUGAGGCUGGCAGCUUAUCUCAUAGAGCAACUGGAAGUACCAAUGUCUGAGUUUCAGGCACUGCUAAAUCUGAUCCUCCCGAAUGCUACUAAUGAGGAAUUCUCUCUGAUUGUAAAUGGGAUGUAUUCUGAGAGAAUUAUUGGCAGUAAGAUAAAUGAGAAUAAAGCAGAUGAGAAAGGGAACAGGAGACUUCAGAGGUCAAAGAAAUCACUCGACCAAAAGCUGAGAAACAAGCUCAUUGAUGAAUACCAGGAGAAUAUACAUAAUCCCUGCAGUAAGAAAGGAAGCGUAUUGAAGAAGAGGGGACUCCAGCUCACGAAACAAGUAUCUUUCUCUCCUGAGCAUGGUUCCCCUGAGUCCUGUCCUGCUAAAGCUGAUGAUCAUCAUGAACCAAUUGAUGAAGCACUGGGACAAGCUUUAGAUAUGCCUGAAACAGGAGAAAAAGUCUUUGUAUUCCGCAUCAAGGAGGAAGUACAUUGCUCUUCGGAUCUUCAACCAAAGAAGAAGAAAAAGCGCAAUUUUCUAAAUUAUAAAAGAGCAGCUGUGGCUAACCUGGAUGGACUUUAAUUCAAGAUUAGCAUUAUGUUGCCAAAUGAGUAAUAUUUGGAGCCUUUUAACCUCUAAACUACAAUUACAAUGACAUCUUCAUCUUAAAAAAAAUGGAAAUUGUCACUUUCAUUGUCAUUUGAGUCAUUAAAAUUAGGGGUAAACUUG